UCCACAUUUCUCCAAUAGGCUAUAAGUGAAAUUACUUUACUUAGGGGGAAAGAUUGAACGAAGGAAGCCGAACAGAAACCGGCUACCAUACUCAUCAUACGUAUAAGUUGUUCUUUCAGUGGGAGGAGGUAUCAGUUUGAAAGUGUGAGCCACCAGAGACGAACACAAUCUCUUUGACAGACACUUUAACAUCAUGAGGAGACCAAGGAUGUUGCACUUGGUGCUCCUCUUUUCAACUGUAUUUUGGAUGACAGAAGGGUCAUCUGAUAUUCCCUGCAUCGAGGACAGCAAGUUUUAUAGAAAUCCAAACACACCAACUCAUAAUGUUUGGUCUCCAAGUGAAUGUGCCAAGUAUUAUUUAUGUUUAGACAAUGAGGUAUUUGAGUUUAAAUGCUCGGAUGGUCUUCUUUUCGAUGUCUCCAGGCAAAUAUGUGAUUUCAAAGCAAAUGUAGACAAUUGCGAUGUGACAUCUGAACAACCAACACCAAAGCCGUUAUUAGAGAAUGGAGAUUGUCAGGAUGAUAAUACUUUGGCAUGUGGAGAUGGUACUUGUCUUCCAAAUGCUUACUUUUGUGAUGGAAGUAUUGAUUGUCCUGAUGGAUCUGAUGAAGGAUGGUGUGAUGGAAAGCACGAUGGAAAUUCUGCAAGGUUUUGUGAUCCAGAAAAAUGCCAGUUACCAAACUGUUGGUGCUCAGAGGAUGGUAAACGAAUUCCAGGAAAUUUAACAGCAUCUGAAGUACCACAAAUGAUAGCAAUUACUUUUAAUGAUGCUGUUAAUGCUGAAAACUUUGAUUUUUAUUAUAAAUUUUUCAAUGACGAAAGAAAAAAUCCGAACGGAUGUCCAAUUCGGGCGACAUUUUUCGUGAGUCAUCAAUAUACUAAUUAUAGGGAUGUUCAGUAUCUUUGGAAUGCAGGACAUGAAAUUGCUGCCCAUUCAGUAACGCAUCGAGGACCAGAAGAAUGGUGGUCAAAAAAUGCUACAAUCGAGGAUUGGUUCGAUGAGAUGGUUGGAGUAGCAAACAUCAUCAAUAGAUACGGGGGAGUCAGAAUAGAAGAUAUAAAAGGAUUAAGAGCACCAUUUUUACGAGUUGGUUGGAACCGUCAGUUUUUAAUGAUGUCAGAAUUUGGUUUUCUUUACGACUCAUCUAUGGUCGCACCUUUUGCUGACCCACCAAUUUGGCCAUACACUUUAGAUUAUCGUCCUCCUCAUUCGUGUGUUGGAACUGGUCAACUUUGCCCAACAAGAUCUUAUCGAGGACUUUGGGAAUUGCCACUAAAUCAAUUACUUGCAGGAGAAUAUACCUGCGGGAUGAUAGAAGAUUGUCCAUUAAGUUUAUCAGGAGAAGAAACUUACAAAAUGCUUAUGUUAAAUUUUAAAAGACACUAUCUGAGUAAUCGUGCACCACUUGGCCUGCAUUUUAAUCCAGCAUGGUUUCGAAAUCCAACUAAUGCCUACGCGUUUGGUAAAUUUGUUGACGAUUUACGACACUUACCGGAUGUCUAUUUUGUAACAAAUAAUCAAAUUAUUGAGUGGAUGAGAAGACCUACUUCUGCAUUAGAUCUAACAGCUUUUGAACCGUGGCAAUGUCGUAGACAAUUUAAACCCCAUGAAAUAGCCUGUGAAUUUCCCAGCACUUGUAAGCUUCCCAGUCGUGUUUUAAAAUCAUACAGGUAUUUAAAUACAUGUUUCGAUUGUCCAAAGGAAUACCCAUGGUUAAGAAAUGAAUUUGGUAAUGAAUAAUUAAUUCUUCUAUAUAUUGAUAUAGUUAAAUUAUCAUGAUUUUAUUUUAUUUUGAUAGCUUGUUAUUUUUUUAAUUGAAUAUUAUUUUUCUAAUCUAUCCUUUGUAGUUUAUUUUAUAUUUACGAAAGCUUUCAGCGUAGUUAUGAGACUGAAGUUCAUUCAUAGGUAACAAAAAUAUAUUUAUUUUUUUUCCAAAAAAAAAAAUCAAAAUUAUGUAAAAAAAAAUUAUCUGUAUGUUAACGUAUAGAAAAUAUUGAUAAUAGGGAUAAUUUACAUUAGUUUGCUACCCAGAAUUAAGGAGUAAAAAAUUUAUGAAUACGUUUGACUUGAUAAGUAAAUAAAGUCAACCUUCGUGAGGUAUAAAUGGAUUUUGAAUGGAUUCCAUACCAUCUACAGGACAUAUUAAUACGACGGAUGUACCUCUGCAUACAACAAGUCCUAACAUUCUGGUGUCUUGAUUGAGUUUAUACGGAUCAUCAGGAUCUACAAAUGAAUAGUUUCAAUAAUUAGUUAUAAUUAAUUUAAAGAUGUACUAAAGUUAUUUUAUAUGAAUGAUUAUCAAUAAAAGUACCUCGUAAAUA